GCGAUGAAGACAGUAUAUGGCCCAUUUGACGAAUUAUCAAAUGACGAUGCACUCAGUUGGAAUUUCCCCGAUGAUCCUGGAGCUGGAGGCCAUCGUGGUAGGUAUCUCUGGACGGACGCUUUCGGAGUUGUCAAUUUCAUCACGCUGUUUAAAGAAACAGCCAAACCAAAGUAUCUUACGCUGGCUAAGCGUCUUGUCACAACGGUACAUGAUGUUCUCGGCCGAACAAGAGAUGGAGGCAAGAGACUUGACGGCGCUACGGAUGAGGAGCCCUUGAGAGGAGGAUUGAGAAUCGGCAAAAUGGAUGCCAAGGGACACGAUGGCGAUGGACAGUAUCAUCACUAUCUUACACUCUGGAUGUUUGCGCUGAACCGCCUCUCCAUUGCGGCGGACGAGGUGGAGUAUAACGAUCUGGCUAUACAGUUGGCGAGAUCCAUUCACCCUCGCUUUCUCAUGCAUUGCCUGUCUGGAGAUGUGCGAAUGGUGUGGAAGAUUACCGUUGAUAUGAAGAAUGUGCUUGUCCAGACAGAGGGCCAUCUCGAUGCAGCGACGGGAUACGUUGUAUACAAACUUCUUCAGAGCACGGCAGCGAAACAAGGCCAUCGAAAUGGUGUGCUGAAUCAAGAAAUCAGCGAUUACUGGAACCUCAUGACGCGAAAGGGAAGUCUUUCUCCAGGAAACGACUUCUUAGACCUAGGAAUGGGCCUUUGGAUGUGCCAUAUAUGGCGAGAUGAGCCAUGGGCUAUGAAACUCUCCGACAAGGCUCUGGUCAGGGUCGAAGAGCUGCUCGGCCAAGAUUCCGCGGUGAUGCACCGAAGUGCAUCCCAGAGAUUGGCUUUUCGCGAGUUUGGCACCUGUGUUGGCGUUGCGUGCUGGGAUGUGAAUGAUUAUUUGGAAAGUCGGGUGGCGGCUUUGGUUCAAUUCUGGGAUAAGCAUUUGGAUAGCAAGGAUACGGAGGAUGAGUUGAAGCCGAUAUCGCGAGUUAUGUAUGCGACGGCUUUGAAUGCUGGAGCAUUCCGGAGAGGAUACCUUGAGAACGACGAAUGAUGGAUCAUAGAUUUCGCCACAGGGAUCGAUCAGAGUUUGUGUAUGAUGUGUUUUCUGAAGUAGCAUGACCGCGGCGGAGUUAUUCAUUGGUCCUCGUAGUAUCGAUGAUGCUGGCGUUGCUUUAGUUACUUG